CCCAACCGGGUGGCGUCCGCAGCGCCCGGACUGGCCCCGCCUCCGCGAUGACGGACGCGGGUCAGCCAAUCCGGGCCAGCCGCGGGGAAGCGCAGCCUAUCAGCGGCCGCGGCUCGGCCGGCGCUUCCGCGUUGGUCCGUGAGCCCCCGGCGCGAGCCCGCGGGGGAGGGGACCGAGGCCCAGGCAACGCCCCGCGGGCGCCCCCCGCGUCACCCCCCUGGUCACUCUGCACCGGGCGUAGCGGGUCUGCGGGCCGCCGCCGCCGCCUCCCGGGGGACCCCAUGGCCUCGGAAGGCCUGGCGGGGGAGCUGGAAGCCGUGCUGGCGGGGCAGGGGCUGCGGGUGCAGAGCUGGGACUCGGAGCCGGCCGGGGAGCUGCGGGCGCCCGCGCUGCUGCGGAGGAACGUCUGCUACGUGGUGCUGGCCGUGUUCCUCAACGAGCAGGAUGAGGUGCUCAUGAUCCAGGAGGCCAAGAAAGAGUGCUAUGGGGCGUGGUACCUGCCCGCGGGGAGAAUGGAGCCUGGGGAGACCAUCGUGGAGGCCCUGCAGCGGGAGGUGAAGGAGGAGGCCGGGCUGCUCUGUGAGCCCCUGACACUGCUGUGCGUGGAGGAGCGGGGCCCCGCCUGGAUCCGCUUCGCGUUCCUGGCUCAGCCCACAGGUGGAGUUCUCAAGACUUCCAAGGAGGCAGACGCAGAGUCCCUGCAGGCGUGCUGGUACCCACGGACCUCCCUGGCCACUCCUCUGCGAGCCCAGGACAUCCUGGCCCUGGUUGAACUGGCUGCCCAGUACCACCACCGGGCCAGGCACCCUCGCAUUCUGCCCCAGGAGCUUCCCUGCAGCCUGGUGUGCCAGCGGCUCGUGGCCACCUUUACCAGCGUGGCCACCCAGACCGUGUGGGUGUUGGUGGGCACGGUGGGGGCGCCUCACUUGCCCAUCACGGCCUGUGGCUUCACCCCGAUGGAGCAGAGGGGUGGCCUCCACAUGGCCAUCCUGCGGCUGCUGCAGGACUGUCUGACUCUGCACCACUUGGCCGUGGAGACCAAGGGGCUGCUGGGACUGCAGCACCUGGGCAGAGGCCACACGGACGGCAUCUGCCUGAACGUGCUGGUGACCGUGGCUUUCCGGAACCCAGGGACCCACAACGAGCCCCCCGAGGUUCGGGGUGAGAACUUUGUUUGGAGGAAGGUGGUGGAGGGAGACCUGCAAAGCCAGCUCUUCCAGAGGCUUCAGGAAUCAUCUGUUGUCCCAGUCAACGGAUAGAAAGGGGCCGGAGUAGACACGGAGCUGCUGUCUGUGCUCCCUCCACCGUGGUUUCGCCUCCCUCUUGGGGAGGCAGGAGGUUGGCAAUCAGGGAUCCCGUUGUGUUGGGAGCAGGAUAGGUCUCCUGCUUCUCAGGGAGGGCUUCCAUCUCUCCUUACCACGAGCAGGCCCCUACACGGCACCGGAAGGGACAGUGCCUUUAACCAAGCAAGGAGUCCAGAGCUCGAGGACUCGGUUUCCAGGAGGAACAAUGAGGGCACUGCUCCCUAAGGGGAUAUGGGAACGAUCUGAACCCCAGACAGCAUCUUCUCUUCUACAGCAGGUUCUCGGCCGCUUAGGAUAUGGGGGAGGUCACUCCAAGGACUGUGCCCUUUGCUGAGUAAACAGAUUGCUUA